UACACCGUGCAAAGUCAGCCCGCCAAGUUUGAUUUUCCCAAGUCUGAAGAAAGGAAAUCUAGCCUCUUAUAAGCCCAUUAAUUCAUCAUUACCAUUCUUGAAAACACUCGCGUUGAAGAAAUUCUCUAGGAGGAUACUUCGUAUUUUAGAUGGGAUUCUUCUCGGGAAAAGGUGUCCACAUUGGCUGGGAUGAGGAGUCCUAUCCACAAUACCAAGAUCUUAUUGCCCUACCCUUUUUCACUGUUUCCUUCCUGUUACUUCGCUUAAUUCUUGAUAGAUUUAUCUUCGAGAAAUUAGCAACGCGCCUAAUCUUCGGAAAGGAUCAUGCUAAGUUGAAGACAAGUUUGAGGAGAAAGACAAUUACAAAGUUCAAAGAGUGUGCCUGGAAAACAUUUUAUGGUAUAUCUGCAGAGUUUCUGGCAAUUCUUGUUACUUAUAAUGAGCCCUGGUUUAGCAACACCAGAUAUUUCUGGAUAGGUCCUGGAGAUCAGGUCUGGCCAGAUCAGAAAAUGAAGUUUAAGCUGAAGCUUCUUUACAUGUACUCUGGAGGUUUUUACAUUUAUGCCAUAGUUGCCUUGCUCUUCUGGGAUACGAAACGCUCUGAUUUUUGGGCGUCAAUGAUUCAUCAUGUAGCAUCAGUACUAUUGAUUGCAGUGUCCUAUAUAUUCAGGUUUGGUCGCGUUGGAUCAGUUGUUUUGGCACUCCAUGAAGCAAGUGAUGUAUUUCUUGAAACUGCCAAGAUGUCCAAAUAUAGUGGUUAUGAUAGGCUUGCUAACACUUUGUUCCCCAUUUUCGCACUUUCUUGGCUAAUUUUCCGGCUUAUUCUUUUUCCCUUCUGGGUCCUGAGGAGCACGAGCUAUGAAAUACUUUACAUCUUGGACGGUAUUAACAACACUGAGGGAACUGUCCUUUACUACUUCUUCAACUCUCUGCUUUUCUGCUUGCUUGCUCUGCACUGGUACUGGGGUAAACUAGCGCUCAAGAUGGCCGUAGAACAAAUCAAAUCAAAAGGGCAAGUUAGUGACGAUGUGAGAUCUGAUUCUGAAGGGGAGGAGGAACAUCAAGACUAAUGAUGAUUCACUGACCAGGCACAGGCAUGAUAUCCACUGGAGGAAAGAUACUUCAGAAGAAUAUAUGUGAGGCAAAUAUUGUGCUGUUGUCAUUUGGUCAAAUGCAAAUGCAAAGAAGGAGGCUUUUGAAUAGAUCAAUGUCCAAGGCUCAAUCACGAGCAUCAUUAUACUGUUGAAUGGAUGUAACAUUAUUUGUUUCUAAUGCACCAAAAGAAAGUAAUUACAUAAUAGUCAUAACUAUGCCCAUAAGCACGUUCACAGAGAGAGAGGGGGAAAAUUUUUGAGUAAAAUUUUGGUAUCAUUACGG